AAGGCAAGCUCAGGCUGCUUACCUUGCUUGGCUCCUUGUCGGGCUCUAGCCUCUCACGGUGUCACCCCUUUAAGGAACAAUACUACUAGUAGUAGGUACAUACAUAAUCACCUACUAUGUACAUAAAAGCGAGCCCCUCUACGCUAUGUACUAGGAGUACUAGGAGUACUAAGAGUACUAGGAGUAGUAUGUAGGCAUUAAUAUCAGUGACCUACCCCCCUUCCCAACUCCGCUAUCCUUUUCUCCCCCACUAUUUCAUGAAUCCAGCCCUGCCUCGUUAUUGUCAUUCAAGUUCAAAUCCUUGAACUGAUUCUCAAACCAACAUUAGAGACCGUUUCUUUCCUCCUUGGCAACCUACAUAAAUCCCUAAAUUUCCUGCGAUCACCGCGACUGCGUCUGCAAAGCGAGAACUCGUUGCUCCUUCGCUACUAAACUUACCUUCCAUAUCUAUCUUCCUCUUUUCUUUUUGACAUCUCCAAAUAAAUCUACUACGAAACCAUGGCCGACUCACUCACCGAAGAGCAAGUCUCCGAGUUCAAGGAGGCCUUCUCCCUCUUUGACAAGGACGGCGAUGGACAAAUCACGACAAAGGAGCUAGGCACUGUUAUGCGCUCCCUGGGCCAAAACCCCUCCGAAUCUGAGCUGCAGGACAUGAUCAACGAAGUCGAUGCCGACAACAAUGGAACCAUUGACUUCCCUGAGUUCUUGACCAUGAUGGCACGCAAGAUGAAGGACACCGACUCCGAAGAAGAGAUCCGAGAAGCGUUCAAGGUCUUCGACCGUGACAACAACGGUUUCAUCUCUGCUGCUGAGCUUCGUCACGUCAUGACUUCCAUUGGAGAGAAGCUCACCGAUGAUGAAGUGGAUGAGAUGAUCCGUGAGGCCGAUCAGGAUGGUGACGGCCGCAUCGACUACAACGAGUUCGUCCAGUUGAUGAUGCAGAAGUAAAACCGGAAAAGGAACUAGUUGACCCUUCGUCCGCCCAUUGGUCGUCAUACCCACCUCUUAUGUUGUGAUGAAGUUUUCCUUUCUUCUAAUCUAGGGGACGUGGCCGAGGGCCACCAAUGAUUGGGCUGACAUUGUCAGCCCAGGGGGUAUACGCAAGAAUGGUGUUAGGUUGGAAGUCGGGUAGGAUCUUGUCCGCCAACGACUGUCUUGACUUUACAAUUCCCGAUAAAUAAAACGACAUUUUGAGCGUGGCUUAAUAUCUGUUGAUUUUCUACAUCCAUCUUUUAGUUUCCGAGGUGAAUCUGUGAGGGCAGUAUCUUCCGUACUCUCUGCGAUGUCCUCUGUGAUCUUCAUGAGCACGAUGCCCUAUCCAUCAGUAUCAUACAAGCCAUAAUUUCCACUAUCCAGUAGACCGCAUAGCCCUUAUACAGCCGAGAUUAUAAGUUAUAUUCAGUCUCUUUCCACCGAGG